AUGGAGAAAGAUGGCGGUGGCGCAGUCGUGCUCGCGGCUCCGCGCGAGCAGGAGUCGAGGCCGUGCGUGCGCGUCGACAUCGCACGCUGGGAUGCUCUUGCAGGGCACUCGGCGUGCAUCGCCAGCUCGCGCGGAUGGGGACGGCGGCGUCGAGGUGAACUGGUGGGCCGUGGUGCAUCUCCGUCGACCACGCGUGCCGGCGGGGUGUUGCUGCGCACACCGCGUGCGUGGCCAGCUGACGCGGAUGGGACGGCGGCAUUGGCGGGGAGUGCGACGGCGUUGGUGCGUGCGUGGACGACUCGCGCGAAAGGGGACGGUGGCGUCGACGAGAGCGGGACGGCGGUGGUGCCUCCGCGUCGACCUCGCGCUCCCGUAUGCUCUUGCUGGGUGCGCGCGGCCUGCUUGCCUGGACGAGGACGGUUGCAUCGACAAGAGCGGGACGGCGGUGGUGGCCUGCUCGCACGGACGAGGACAGCAGUGGAUCGUUUGCAGACGGCGGGCUUCAAGUGGGGUGAAGGUCGUUAG